CAGCUGUGAUUUACAGAUAGAUGCCAGUUCUUUCGAGUUAGAUUGUUAUACGUACUGUUUGUUGUAAAAAGUUGUUCAUAUCCAUCGAAAACAGAAGAUCAAACAAAGCCAAAGAAAAAAUGCGGCCACUCUCAUCUCCCCUCCGCCACUUCCGUCUGGCGUCUUUGAAAAAAGUCCUAAGUUGGUCCGCAAAAAUCCUCCCACCAGCUAUUCUCGUGAAGGACCAGCUCGGCUGUCUCUCGACCGUGCGGGGCCAAAGCAUGGCGCCCUUGUUGAACGACAGGAAUUACGGGAUUGCUUCAUCAACUUCUGAUGCGGACCCCCGAGUCGACACGCAGGACCCCGGGCCGCUAGGAGAACAACAACCAUCCAACCCUUUUUCGAAACUGCAACAUUUUCUUUCCCAAAACCUCCGGUAUUUCGCCAACCACCUUUUCGACGAUAUUGUGCUGGUUCUUCGCCUAUCAAAUGCAAAUAUGUCUGGGUCUGGAGGAAGAUGCGAACUUGUGAUGCUGCAUCUGGAUUCUACAAAAAUCUGUAUUGCAUGACCAGCAAGAGCAAGAGGGGUCCAGUUUGUGCUACAUGGAGAGGGCAUAUCUCAUUCGGAAUAGGCAUCAGGAAGCCCUCUAAAAAUCUGUGAUGCUCGGUUGUAUUACAGGCGGAGGCGUCAUGGGUCAUGUAAAAUUUGCAUGAAAAGCCCUGCAUUUUCCCAGACCCAGACAUAUUUGCAAUUCAUAUCGGCUCGGACACGUGCCCGAUAUCCGCACGGGCGACGUUGUCGUCGCGAAGGACCCGAGAAAAUCCGGUCCCUGGGAGCGGAAAAUCGUGAAGCGAGUCGUUCUUGUCGGCGGAGCGGGGGAGCACGGAGGAGGUGAUAAUUCUCUUCUUGGUGUUGUUGCAGACGAUGAGGAAGAGCAGCACGAAGCGGCUUCGUUCGACCAGCCGAGUCUCGAUGAAGGAACGGGGACCUCCGCACGAGGACCCAGGACAACGGCAGCAGCGUCGGCCGCUGUUGCUGCAUCAGCCGAAAUUCCUAGAACCCUUGACCCCGAGGACGAAGGGGAUGAAAGCGACCAACUGUUUCGAGGACAAGGACAGCUGCACGAACUUCACAAAGGCAUCAAGAACCCACCUCGACGUCAACAUGAGGCCGUCGUGAGCUCGGAAGUUGUGGAGAUGCUGGUGUCCCCACCGUCGUCCUCUUUUUCCGGCGGCAGCAGAACAUCAAGCGCUGUUGGUCUUGAGAGAGACAACAACUACUACUACACAACGACAAAAUUAUCGAGGGGAAAAAGUACUUCUACAGCUACGACAUCAACAAAAAAUAUCCCUGAUAACAUUCCGACCGGGCGCUGUUGGCUUCUCGGCGACAACUUGGCGCUGUCCAACGAUAGUAGGAAGUUCGGCCCGGUGUCAGUGUCUCUGAUCGACGGGAUCGUCGUUGCUGUUGUCUUCCCUUUCUGGCGCAUGCGGUGGCUCGUAGACGAGGAGGGGAAUUCGAUAGGAUAAACGUAGGACAUAAACAACUUUUUCUGCAGUGAAAUGAUUCUUGUGCUGAUCAUGCGACCAAUGUUCAUCAUCUCCACUUCUGAAUAUAGAAAAAAAGGAAGCAAAGUCGAACUGUGUCCGUAUCAGGUAUAGUACGUACUCCUGUUUAAUAGUGUAGAGGAAUUGACAAUAGUGAACGCGUGAUCGAUCAUAGCAACCUGCUGACGACAAACGACGAUGAAAGCUGGACCGUGAAAAUGAUUUCUGUGAUUAAAAACUCAGUGUCGUCGUGUUCCACCGUGGUAUCACACGAAUUUCACUUGUGCAAAGCGAAAGCUCAUCAACUAGAUAAUAGAUAAACAUGACAGGAGGGGGCAACUGUUUGAAAAUAUGGACUGAGUCUGAGCGAUGCGAUGUUUAAGCUCAUUGAAUGUGCCGGCGCGAAGCUAGUAAGAGUAGCCCAAUUUUUUAGUUUCUCGACCUGUUCAUCUUGGCUUUAUUCAGUAGGUUCACUGAGGUGAAAAUUUUGAUGGGCCCGCACAACCAGUAUCGUGAUGUGCAAGAAGAUCUAGCUCUAGUACAGGAUGCAUUUUAGUAAUUUUUUCCGUGCUAAUAUCCCAGUUGUUUGGAAGAUGUGCUUUGAGGAAAUU